UUUCCAUGCUGGGUCCGUCUUUUUGUAAGCUGGAGGUGUGUCGCUCAAGACGAAGAUCAUUGGUUGGUGUCCUUACCUUCACCUUUGAAACCAACAUGGCAUCCAUUGGCUCGCUAAAGGGUCUUGUAGGGCUGGUGACGGGUGGAGCGUCAGGCCUCGGGCGUGCCACGGUGGAGAGGUUCGUGAGGCAGGGUGCCAGGGUAGUGCUGUGCGACCUGCCUUCAUCAAAUGGAGAGGAAGUAGCCAAGCACCUCGGAGACAACUGUGUGUUUGCUCCAACAAACGUAACAUCAGAAGCUGAUGUGAAGAAUGCUCUCAGUGUUGCCCAGAGCAAGUUUGGGGGGUUGAAUGUUGCAGUCAACUGUGCUGGUAUUGGAGUGGCCUUCCAAACAUACAACUUCAAGUCACAGACGCCGCAUGAUCUGGAGGACUUCAAGAGAGUGUUGGAGGUGAACGCUACAGGAACCUUCAACGUGAUCCGUCUAGCCGUGGGUCUGAUUGACAAGAACGAGCCGAACACCGACAACCAGCGCGGCGUCAUCAUCAACACCGCCAGCGUUGCAGCCUUCGACGGCCAGAGGGGGCAGGUGGCAUACGCAGCAAGUAAAGGGGCCAUUGUUGGCAUGACCCUCCCUAUUGCCCGAGAUCUGGCCAGAAGGGGGAUCCGUAUCUGUACCAUAGCGCCAGGUUUAUUCGACACCCCUCUGCUGGCUGGUCUGCCAGAGAAAGUUAGGAGCCACCUUGCCAGCACCAUACCAUUCCCAAGUCGGCUCGGGGACCCAGAUGAAUACGCCCACCUGGCCCAGUCCAUUGUGGAGAACCCUCUGUUGAACGGAGAAGUUAUACGUGUUGAUGGAGCUCUCAGAAUGAUGCCAUGAAUAUCUAGACUCGCUCAGACUUAAACAAAUUAUCGUGAUGAUUGUAUGUGUGUGUGUCCAGGGAUCAUGGCCGUGGGACCAUGUAGUGCUAUAUAAACAGCUGUGCUCGAUUUAUUGAUUAAAACUAUGAUGUACAGAU